CGUCCACACACCUUCACGUGAGCUACCGUGUCCAUGCAGUUCGAUACACGCACCCUUUCCCAACAGUCACAGGCAGCCAACCACAGCAACGCACCCUUUCCCAAUCAGGCAAGAGCAGUCAACCACAGCAAGAGCACAAAUGCAUCAAGAGGAAGAAAUCCCUGGGCAGGGAGUCGCUGAAUCACUCAGAGCCAAGCACGCAUCCUCUGUACUUGAUUUUUCUGUUCUAUCUAUCUUUCUAUCUAUAUUUCUCUUUUGCCUUUCUGUCUCUUUGCACACAACACGCACAACGAUUGAAAAAGUAUCAACACUCCACUUACAGUAUCUGACCGAUCGAUAUCUCUCGCCUGCCCUGAAGUGGCGAUGAAGACAUGCACUGACAACACACAGAUGUUGCCAGUCAGUUCAGUCGCUACCCCUCCCUCUCUCACUGAACACAUCCCACGCUACAUGAGGCAGCGAUUGCAUUGAAAGGAUAAAGAUACUAUAUACAAAAUCAGCAAUAUUAACCAUACUAUCGGAAAGAGACAUUGCAUCAAUUGCCCGCAAGAAGAAGCGGACACAACUCAUCCAGCCCGGCCACGCCCUCUCCCUCUCUCCCACAUGCACACAUACAGCCAGAUAGCCAGACAGACAGACAGACAGACGGGGAGAGAGAGAGAAAGAAAACGAGCACGUCGGCAUAGUACACCACAACACAUCCAUAGGCCAGUGACGAAAACACAGUUAUUGUGCACACAAACAGCUGGGCACACAAACAGCCAACGCACACAGUAAGUCUUAGUUAGUAGAUCAGAAGUCUGGUUGGAAGAUGGCAUCCAAGUCGUGCAGUUUCUUCACCAACGGCACCAUGAUUUGCUGCAGCAGAUAACGACACGACAGAUAAACAAUUUGCUGCAGCUCGUGUGGGAUCAGCUUAUCACACUUACAGCUGGGCACACAAACAGCCAACGCACACAGUAAGUCUUAGUUAGUAGAUCAGAAGUCUGGUUGGAAGAUGGCAUCCAAGUCGUGCAGUUUCUUCACCAACGGCACCAUGAUUUGCUGCAGCAGAUAACGACACGACAGAUAAACAAUUUGCUGCAGCUCGUGUGGGAUCAGCUUAUCACACUUACUCGUAUGACCCGUCCGAUGUCACCAAGAAGACCGGCUUCUGACCUUGAGUCUUUUCCAGCGUCUCCACGAAGUCGCCAUCCUUCAGUGCAAGAGAAAUGGAGAACGAUCGCAUGACAGAUGACCACGGGUGACCAUAGAUAAACGAAUGUGUGCAACAUACCCCAGCCACGAAGACCACCGCUGCGAUCUCGGGGUCGUCGGCCAUGUCUUUCAGCAUGUCAGCGAUUGCGAUGUCAGCACCCUUCUGCUUGCCAUUUGACUUCACCCUACACACAAGAGGGGGCAGGUGCGUCUGUUCUCUCGCCAUGAUGUGUGUGUCGCAUCUCCCAUACCGGGCCUCGUGGAUCUUGGCCAUGUGUUCAAUGCCCUUGUGGAAGUUCUUGAGAGCUCUCUGGGCUGCCAU